UAAAUGUUAAAUUGUUGAAACGUAAAGAUGAAAUUAAUAUUUUUUCUAUCAAUUGUUCCUACGAUUUUCACGUUAGGUAAAACAAAAGAUUGUUAUAGUUGCAUUGUUGACUCAGAAGAUCACAACAAAACAUCAUUGAGUGACUCUGUAGCCUCGAUAGCCUUAGUUGUGGGUGAUACAAUACCAACUGAAUAUUGUAACGUUUCUGAAGAUUUAAGCAGCUAUACAACAUGCUCUACUUCACGUUUCUGUGUUAAAGGUGUUAUUGAGAAUUCGUAUGGAGAAACGCUUUUACUUUUUUGUCAAGGAAAAGCCCAAUUACCUUACCUAAAACUUGAUAACCCAAAGGUGAUAGUACACAGUCAUUUUAAAAUGACCUUAUACUCAUGCGAUACAGAUUUAUGCAACAGCGUUUCUACAAUUUUUCUACAUCAUGCAAAGACAUAUUACUUAUUAUUAAUAACAUUAUUUUUUAUACGACCAUUUUGAAAGGACAGAUUAAGCCAAGACGAGAU